AUGAUGCCUUCUUCAUUACGGUUCGGCUUAGGCCGCUUCGGCCUCCUUCUACUGGCCGCCAGCCAGCUUGUUGUUGCUUCAGUCCCGCUGGACCUCUGCGCCAAGUUCAAUACUGCAGAGACACCAAGAAACACCAGUAUCUACCAGACGAACGGACUUUGUAAAGACUUUUGCACGAAAGACUAUGCGUACGCGAUCACGCAGGAACAGCUUUGCUGGUGUUCCAACUACACGCCGUCGAAAUCCGAUCAGGUUGAUAUGAACCAAUGCAAUAUCAACUGUCCUGCUUAUCCCGAUGAAAAGUGCGGCGGCAAGGGCGUUUUCGGCUACGUCCAGCUUAACGCUCAUCUUCCUUCCGGCACCAGAGGCAGUGAUUCCAGCUCUGCUUCAAGUACUACUGUGGAUUCAUCAACACUAACGACAUCGACGAUACAACAGACCUCGAUGAUCCAUACCGUUACUACUGAUACUGGAGGCAUCAUAAAGACGGUAACUAUUAUGCCAACCGUUACCGGCGAUUUAGAGGGUGGCAGUCAGGGAUCAUCUGGCAGUUCAAGCAAGCUUGCAGGUGGUGCGAUUGCUGGGAUUGUCAUCGGCAUUGUCGCUGCGCUAUUGUUUGGCCUGGGCCUGGCAUUCUUCCUUUACCGGCGCCGGAAACACAACGAAAGCAAGGCUGACUACCAAGGCGACCCGAGCGUCCGUGGUAGUUCCUCGGAAAGAAUGAGCUCAAUCCGCCCGGAGAUGAGCAUGACAGGAGCAUCUGCGGCUUCGCCCACGCAAAAUAGUAAUCGAAACAGCACGUUGCAGAUUGACCCUCGUAUGGAUCCUUUCAAGCAGAAUCUAUACGCCCGCUCUGGGAGUCACGAAAGCAUCAACACUCUCCGAGACGAUCAUGAUUAUUCGAGGAGGAUACAACAACCGAAGGUUUUAAGGGCGACUAACCCCGACCCUGAGUAA